CUUUUGCAGAGGGAGACCAAAGGGCAGUUUCUUAUUGACCACAUCUGCAACUACUACAGUUUGCUGGAGAAGGACUACUUUGGCAUUCGUUACGUGGACCCAGAGAAGCAGCGGCACUGGCUUGAACCUAACAAGUCCAUCUCCAAGCAAAUGAAAUCUCAUCCACCAUACACCAUGUGCUUUAGAGUGAAAUUCUACCCACACGAACCCUUGAAGAUUAAAGAAGAGCUCACCAGGUACCUUUUGUACCUGCAAAUUAAGAGAGAUAUUUUCCAUGGUCGACUGCUCUGCUCCUUUUCAGAUGCUGCCUACCUGGGUGCCUGUAUCGUUCAAGCUGAGCUUGGUGAUUACGAUCCUGAUGAGCAUCCUGAGAAUUACAUCAGUGAAUUUGAGAUUUUCCCCAAGCAGUCACAGAAGCUGGAAAGAAAAAUAGUGGAAAUCCAUAAAAAUGAACUCAGAGGGCAGAGCCCACCGGUUGCUGAAUUUAACUUACUCCUGAAAGCUCACACUUUGGAAACCUAUGGGGUGGAUCCUCACCCAUGCAAGGAUUCAACAGGCACAACAACAUUUUUAGGAUUCACUGCUGCAGGCUUUGUGGUAUUCCAGGGAAAUAAGAGAAUCCAUUUGUUAAAGUGGCCAGAUGUCUGCAAAUUGAAGUUUGAAGGGAAGACAUUUUAUGUGAUUGGCACCCAGAAGGAGAGAGAUAACAGUACAAUGUAUCUCUUUCUUGGCAGUCAGAAAUAUUUGAUUACCACACAUUACAGCAUGUUCCGCUUGGACUUUUCAGCGGCAUACCACCUCUGCUCUGCGUUUUCUUACAGGUAUGCAAAAUCCAGUCAGAUCAAGACGGUGUCAAGCAGCAAGAUAUUUUUUAAAGGAAGUAGAUUUCGAUAUAGCGGUAAAGUUGCCAAAGAGGUGGUGGAAGCCAGCUCCAAAAUCCAGAGAGAACCCCCAGAGGUGCACAGAACAAAUAUUUCUCAGAGCCGCAGCUCCCACUCCUUGAACAAGCAGCUCAUCAUUAACAUGGAGCCCCUGCAACCCCUGCUGCCUUCCCCCAGCGAGCAGGAAGAGGAACUUCCGCCAGGUGAGGGUGUUCCAUUGCCCAAAGAAGAUAUUUCUGCCCCCUUGAUCUCCAGCUCACCAGUGAAGGAACCUCACGAGUAUGAACAGCCAUCAAGUGAAGAGGAAGAUAAAAUAAAAGAAGAACCCUUGACAAUCUCUGAACUGGCGUACAACCCAAGUGCCAGCCUGCUCCCUACCCCGGUUGAUGAUGAUGAGAUUGACAUGCUCUUUGACUGUCCAUCUAGGAUGGAGUUGGAAAGAGAAGACACAGAUUCAUUUGAGGAACUGGAAGCAGAUGAAAAUGCCUUUUUAAUGGCAGAAGAAGAGGAGAUGAAGGAGGCUCACCAAGCUUUGUCAUGGAGCUAUGACAUUCUGAGUGGCACUAUUCGGGUGAACCCACUGGUCAAGAGUUUUUCCCGGCUCCUUGUGGUGGGCCUGGGCCUGCUGCUCUUUGUAUUUCCCCUGCUCCUCCUCCUUUUGGAGUCAGGUAUUGAUCUCUCCUUCUUAUGUGAAAUCCGCCAGACGCCUGAGUUUGAGCAGUUUCACUAUGAAUACUACUGUCCUCUCAAGGAGUGGGUGGCUGGCAAAGUCAACCUCGUACUUUACAUGUUGGGUUGCUCAUAAAGCUCAUUUCUCAUAUGACUAAGGGCUAUAUUCAAUACUAGUGAUUUGGUUUUGUUUUUUUUUCCAGCAAAUGCCUGGUUCUGAAUGGUCAUGGGACCAUCAAUAGGUGUUCCUACUCAUAACUGAUUAUUCAGAGCUUUAAGUUAGCUUUCCAUAAUUCACUGCAAGUAAGUUUAAAUCAAACACAAUUAUUUUAGUUAUAGGUCAGGAAGAUGACCUCUAAAUAACCAAAAAUAUGUUUAUUUUUUAUUAUAGUACAGACAUACUCUUUAUCUAUUAUAAUACAUUGAGCUGAAUUAGAUUCUUUUUUUUUUUUUAAUAGCACCAUUACAAGCUAUAAGGUUCAGAAUCAGAGUUUUAGUAAAAACCCAAGAGAAAGUUUUUUGAAUAUAAUCCUUAGUGAGAACAAUGUCUUCUAACCAAUGCCUAUACAACUAAAUUUAUGCUGGGCUUUUGUUUUUGUUUUUUUAAAAUAUUUUUAUGUGUUCAAAAUAUUUUGGUAAAUUUUUAGCAAAAAAAAAAAAAAAAAGGAGCUUCCUGGAGUUAUUUAAGUGUACAGAUUGUAAGACUAAUGCACAAAGGGUAUGUCAGGAAUUUUUAAUGUCUUGGCACUGGUUUGUUUUUUAAAAUAUUUUUGACUGAACAAUCACAUAAUUGUUAUUAUCUGCAUAUGAGAUAGAAAAAUAGGUAGAAAAACACUGUAGAAAAUGAGCUCCUGAAAUGGAUGAUGGAACUGGAGGAAGUAGAAAUUGAGAGCAUCAAGAGGACACAGGGUGGUCCAUUUUUCAAAAUAUUUGGACAAGAAGACUUGUUACUUUCAUUUGCAUUCUGUCCAUUUAUGUUGGCUGAGGCAAUGGAAUGUUUUUAAAAGAAAGUGAAACUUUUAAAGGAAAAUAGUUAGAGGAGAUGUUAGUUAAUUGUGUAUUACUGUACAUUAACCCAAGAGUGGAAGCAGAUGGGAAUUGGACAAAUGGCAAGUAGCAAAACGAGUUCUGAUGAGACUGAUAGGCAAGUGGUGGUAGACAAAUGAUCUACUUUAUGAAAGUGAUGGUGAUGCAAGGUACUGGAUGAUGUAAAGAACAGCAUACUCGUUGUUCAAGUGGACAUGAAUAUGUCUAAAAGUGGAUCUAAAUAAAAGUGGAGAAACUUGAAGGCACAUUUUUGAUCCCUCAUGCCAUUCAUUGAGAUUCUGUGGAAGAAGCUUUAAAAGAAUUCUAUGUGUAUGUGAAAGAGAGAGAAAAAGAGUCAGAAAGAAUGUAAGGAGAAUGAUCUUGGCUUUUUGAUAAAUGCCUAUGAUCUUCCUCUGUGGUGGUCAUUAUACUCUUUCCCUUUCCUGGUUUCCUUAGGAUCUUAACUCAUUCAUAAUUGGGGCUCUCAUUAAGAAACUGGAGGGGAUUCAUUAGAUAAUAUACCAUUUCAGCUUGGAUGAAGUAGUGAAAUGACCCCCUAACUAGAUAGUAAGUGGGACAAAUGCUCUUGUACCUUCCUUCACACCACUGAAUCCAUGACAGAAAGAAAGGCUCUGAAGCCUUCCAUGCAGAGUACAUACCAAUACUGUGUAAGAGAGUACAGUACAGAGCUUAGGGCACAGAGCAUAGUGAUUUUUCCAUAAAAUGUAAAUGAAGACAUGAAAUGUGUUCAUGGGGUGGGCUAGCUAUAAUCUCUCCUAACUUCAGCUCUAUGAUUAGUAUAAUUUCCAAAAUGGCCAUUCCAGUCCUACUCACUCAUGGAGCCCUGAAUGCUUUAUUAGACAUUUAAUUUUGUAAAUAAAUUUUUAAAAGUCAGCUCAUGAAGACUUCAGUUGAGUAAACUAUACUAUAAUUUGCUAUUCAGUUUACGGGGUGGUCUUUCUCAUGUGCAUUGAGUGACUGAUUUUUCUUUCAAAUAAAGAAUAUUUGCUACCUGAAAUUUGAUACCAAUAUAGAAAUAUAUUUUCUGUAGGUUAUUUGGAAAGUUUGCAAAUGAUCACCUUUGAAAUUGAAGUGGUUUCCCCCCUUGUUUAUGACUUAAAAGUCAUAUCUUCUGACAUGAGGAUGUGCCAGUAUAGUCUGCAGAAAAUUAGUUCCCUCUUCUAAUCAUGUGUAAUCUCAUUUUCUUUGAAGUUAUAACCACAACAAAUCAUCCAGCCCUUGCCCUUUUACAUUACUAUUAAAUAGCAUUUUAAAAUUAUAGAAUAUAUUAUGUGUCAUAAACACUGAAAAAUGCUGACAGGAUAAAUAUCACACAUAGUCUAGCCAAGUGGAUUUAUACUAAGGAGUAAUGACUAUAUAAUUUUAACAUUUCCAGCUAACAUCUCUUAGGCGAAAACUUCACUGUUGAAUAGAAAUAUUUUUAAGUGAAGGACCUGACAGGAUAAGGUCUGCUGAAUUUAAACAACAGCUACCAAAAGUAAAACGGAUCCUGAAAUGCCAUUUUGUCAGGACAGAUCAGUCUUUUAGAAAUACUCGCUUUUCUUAGAAAACAGUCACCAGUUGCCUGAAUCAAAGAGGAGAAGACUGCUUCCACAGAUAAAGGAUAUAUAAUAUAGUAAGUUACAGAAUUGAAAGCAAGUGUGUGAGUAUAUGUAUAUUCCAUAUUAUUGGUAUAUACAUAUUUAUAUAUGAAUAUAUGUAUAUAUGUGUGUUUGUAUACACACAACUGAUAUGCCCUUCAUACACAGAUGUUUUUAUUUAUCCCCAAUUGAGGAAUUUGUGACAUGGUAUUAUUCAUUUUCCCUCUCUGAUAACAUAGUGGAUAAAACCCACAGUCUCAAAGGUUUCAAUUUUCCAUGAAAACUACUGUGUGUACAUUUGUGGUUUUAUAUACACACAUAUGGCAAAUACAUAUACACACACAAUCUUUAGUGUUAAUGCAAGUUGGAUAUGAAAAAAAUGUAGGUGAAGUAUUGUGUAUUUCUGUCUGUGCUUGGAACAUACUGUAAAAUGUUAUGUAUCUGGAACAUAUUUUGUGGUUUGUCUAAUAUAAAGACAACUCUGGGAAGAAGUCAAAAUGAUUGAUUUCACUGAAAAACUAGAGAUUUGGGGGCCACGUUACCUAUGGUUGGAGCCUUAUCUUUGUACAGUGAAAUUUGCAUUUCUGUGUCAACAUCCAGAUUGUUUUAUAUGUUAAUAUGGUGGCAGGAAUCCCUAAUAAAAAUACUCUGGGGAAAAAA